GAAACAGCACUGACGUCGCGACCAUGAGCUAUUCCUGGUCGUCAGAUGCCAUACUACCACUGUGAGAGAAGGAUCGCAUCCCAUCAACAAACCUCAUUGUUAGCAACCCCAUUUUUGUCUGUUCAGCUUGCCAGAAUGGCUCGUGGAAAGGCUACGGCCAGGAAACCCAAAGCAAAGAAGCAUAAGGCCGGAGCCGAUACAUCUAGUGAGCCUCCAGCAAAACUGAAGCGCGAGGACAGUGAAAACACCAAAAUUAGGCAGGCAAUUUCUGAAGCCAGCAAGACCACUGAGACUAAAGCUAGAAAGUUCAAAGUGGACACUGUCCUGAUGGGAUCCAUUGCAAAAGGAGAAAUCUAUGAGGACUACACAUGUAUGCUGAACCAAACAAACAUUGGUCACAACAACAACAAGUUCUACAUCAUACAGGUCGUCGAAGACGGGAAGAAAUUCAUUUGUUUUACCCGAUGGGGGCGAGUGGGUGAAACUGGGCAGAACAGCAUAGAUUACCAAGAUAAUGCUGAAGCUGCAAUCAAGGUGUUCAAGAAAAAAUUCAAGGACAAGACCAAGAAUGACUGGGACAACAGGACAGAUUUCACUCCUCAUACAGGGAAAUACACCUUGAUAGAAAUUGAUGAAGAUGAUGACAAUAUUGAAGAGGACGAUACAGACGUUGUCGAUUCGGGCGUGAAGAGAGAACUGGUUGUAUCGCAAGAUGACUGUCAUUUACCCUACAGGACACAAAUCAUGAUUAAAUUGUUGUUCUCAGAUGACAUGUUUUUAGGCCAAAUGUCUUCUAUGAAGUUAGAUGUAAAGAAAAUGCCCCUUGGUAAAUUAAGCAAGACACAAAUAAACAAAGGCCUUGAAACAUUACUGGAUAUUGAGGAGGCCAUUAAAAAUAAUAAGCCUCGUAAAGUGUUGAUGGAUUUGUCAUCAAAGUUUUACACCUUAGUGCCUCAUAAUUUUGGUCGGAUGAUACCUCCAGUGUUGGAAGAUGCUGCAGUUGUCAAAGAAAAGAAAGAAGUAAUGUUAACUUUGAGCGAUAUUGAACUCACUCAGACACUGCAGAAAGAACAGGCCAAUUCAAGUAUUAAUCCCAUACUUGAGAAAUACCAGAUGCUGGACUGUGAACUUGAAUAUCUUAAAAAGAGUGAUUCAGAGUUCAAGAUAAUAGAAAAAUAUGCAAAAGCAUGCCCAAAUACCAGAAAAGGGCCAUUACUUGAUGUGUGGAGAGUUGAUCGUAAAGGAGAGAGGGACAGGUUCAGUGCACAUGAGGCUAUUCAGCACCGUAAAUUGUUGUGGCAUGGCACUAAUGUUGCUGUGGUAGCAGCUAUUUUGAAAGCUGGGCUAAGAAUAAUGCCCCACUCUGGCGGGCUGGUUGGUCGUGGCAUCUAUUUUGCAUCUGAGCACGCAAAAAGCUCAUGGUAUGUUUGCCCUCAUUAUGGAUCAUUUGAAGGUGAAGAUACGGUAGGAUUCAUGUUUCUUGUUGAGGUUGCUUUGGGAAAAGAGCAUAGCAUAACGCAGAGUGAUGGCAGUCUCACCAAGGCACCAGAUGGUUAUGACAGCAUUGUAGCCCGAGGACGAAAUGAGCCAGAUCCAAAGAGAAAUAAAGUAAUUGAAUUAGAAGGAAAGGAUGUGAUUGUACCAGUUGGGGAGCCUGUUCCUCAGAAGCAGUGGAAAAGUAGUGGUUUUUAUCAGAGUGAAUAUCUCGUGUACAAAGAAAGUCAAGCACGUUUAAGGUACCUUUUGAAGUUUUCAUUUGCUUAGAUUCAGUUUGUCUGGAUAUGUUUUUGUUAUUUUAGUAAGGGAUUUGUCAUUUGUUGUACAUUUCAUUAGUCAUACUUUAAAAUCUAAGGUAUUGUACUUAAGCUAUUUCUGUUAUAAUGUUCAAAAAGAGUAUUUAUUUACUGUUGUAUAUUUUAUUAUAGGUUGAUGAUUUGGAAAACCUCAUAUUCACAUACCAUUAUUUUCAGUGAGGUUCUUUUAACAGCCUCAAACUAAUCUAUAUUACAUAUUUCUGUAUGAAUCUAAGUUUUAUGCAUCUAAAACAUAGAAAUAUAUUAAACAAACUAUGUUUAUAAUGUAUAUUGAUUUAUUUAUUUAGUUUUUGAAGGGAAGGUCAUUAACUGUUUAUUGUUGAUUACAGCUACAUACGGGAGUUUUGUUUUCUGUAAAACAAAUGUCUUUUUUGUUCACUUAGGUUAGUGUCUGAAUUUUUUAUAGUACAGUUUAUUUAAGAAUUAGCUUUAGAACAGUUGAAAUAAUUUGAACCAAAGAGUUGUGUGUACAUAUAGAAUUUCAAGACAAUCUUCAUCUUGCAUGAAAAAAACAGCCAAUGUUAUGCCCCUCAGCAUUAUAAUGGGCUGUAUUUUGCAUUUAGAGAGUAAGUCAGUAUCCCCAGUGCUAAGGCAAUUGAUGUAGGGGUAUGUAUCAGGGACUGAAGACAAAAUGUAUUUUGAAUAAUUUAUCUUAGGGAAAAGUACAUGUAACUGAAUAUUUGAAACCACCCUUUGGCAAUUCUUUGUAAGGAACUGUAUUUAAUGAGGUGUAUUACAACCGGGUAUUGGCAUUUUGUAUCUUAAUUGUUGUUCUUUUUUUGUAUCUAGAAAUAUUCCAGAUACUUGUAACACUUUGAAGUGCAUCACAUUCUUUAAGUGUGUAAUCACAUAAAAUUGUAAUACACUAAUAACUACAA